CACGCAGAUACAAUAUUUCAGGCAUCACGUGACCGCUGCGCUCAGGGACGGGAGCAGGGACCAGGAUAAUCACGUGACGAGGCUGACGUCAGAUCGGGAGAGACAGGAAGUGGGAUACCGACACCUCCUUCCUCAGAGUCCAGAGCGGAGCCGCGGCCGGGAGCAGGAUGUGGAAAGCUGCAGCAGGACAUUCUCUUUCCAUUUCUGCAGAUGAUGGAGAUGACUGGGAGACAGACCCUGACUUUGUGAAUGACCUGAGCGAGAAAGAACAGAGAUGGGGAGCAAAAACCGUAGAAGGAUCUGGGCACCAGGAGCAUAUUAACAUUCAUAAAUUGAGGGAAAAUGUCUCCCAAGAACACCAUAGCCUGAAGAAACAAGAGCUGGAGGAUGGACCCAAAGCCUCUCACGGUUAUGGAGGGAAAUUUGGUGUGGAGCAGGAUCGCAUGGACAAGAGUGCCGUGGGACAUGAAUAUCAGGCGAAGCUAUCCAAGCACUGCUCACAGUCCGAUUCGGUGAAGGGUUUCGGAGGCAAGUUUGGCGUUCAGACAGACCGCGUGGAUCAGUCGGCCAUGAGCUUUGAAUACCAAGGAAAGACUGAGAAACAUGCAUCCCAGAAAGAUUACGCCAGUGGGUUCGGGGGAAAGUACGGAGUUCAGGCUGACCGCGUGGACAAGAGCGCUGUGGGCUUUGACUACAAGGGCAAAACGGACAAACAUGAAUCUCAGAAAGAUUAUACCGCAGGUUUUGGUGGAAAAUUCGGUGUCCAGGCAGACCGUGUGGAUAAGAGCGCUGUUGGAUUCGAUUACCAAGGAAAGACUGAAAAGCACGAGUCCCAGAAAGAUUAUUCUAAAGGUUUUGGCGGUAAAUACGGCAUCGACAAGGACAAUGUAGACAAGAGCGCCGUGGGGUAUGAGUAUCAAAGCAAGACCGAGAAGCACGAAUCCCAGAAAGACUAUGUGAAAGGGUUUGGAGGAAAGUUUGGUGUACAGACAGACAGACAAGACAAGUGUGCGCUUGGCUGGGAUCACCAAGAGAAACUUCAGCUCCACGAAUCCCAAAAAGAUUAUUCCAAGGGGUUCGGAGGAAAGUAUGGUGUGCAGAAGGAUCGGAUGGACAAGGCUGCGGCCACCUUUGACGAUGUGGAGAAAGUGUCCUCAAGUUAUCAGAGAACUCGGCCGGUGGAAGCCGAGGGAAACAAAGCCAGCAGCAUACGGGCAAACUUUGAAAACAUGGCAAAGGAAAAAGAACUGGAAGAUAGGAAGAAAGCCGAAUCCGAGAGGGCGCAGAGGAUGGAGCGGGAGAAGCAGGAACAGGAGGAGGCGCGCAGUAAGCUGCAGGAGCAAGAAAAGGCAAAACCUGCGUCUCCUCCUGCAUCCCCAAGACCCCGGCAAGUGUCUGAAGAAGCCCCAGCGAGCCCGGUGUAUGAGGACGCAGCUCCGGUGUAUGAGAAGGAGCCAGCGAAGGCUGCACCCUUACCUGAGAAUGUAUAUGAGGAGGAGGCCGAUUACCAGGAGGCGGUGAGCCACAAGGCGGCAGCUCCAGAGGCAGAGGCUGUAUACGAGUCGACAGAUUACCAAGAUGUUGAGAACACAUACGCCGAAUACGGGGACGACCUGGGCAUCACAGCCAUCGCCUUGUAUGACUAUCAGGCUGCGGGCGACGACGAGAUCUCCUUCGACCCAGACGACAUUAUCACCAAUAUCGAGAUGAUCGACGAGGGCUGGUGGAGGGGGCUCUGUAAGGAACGCUAUGGGCUAUUCCCCGCCAACUAUGUGGAACUCCGGCAGUAGAGUGCCAGCCGCUAGUCUUCCCUUUGAGAGGACCCUACCCUGUGCUUGGUGGCGGCACUCAGUUCGGUCACCGGUCGGCGUCGCGCUCUUCUGCGCGCUCCCAGAAGUAUCUCAGCUGGAUUCUUACACUACAAAUCAUUGUAUCUAUUCUCUUCCUGUUCUUUCGGAGUGGGGGCAGCAUUCUGCCUGCGACAUAUAUUAUUAUUUUUCUCUUCUCCUCUAUAGUAAAUUCUAAGGCUUUUAAUGUGCAGUUCUCUGCUGCAGGCUGGCAAAAACGUAUCUUAAAGGCUGUUAACCCUUUUGCUGCCAGGUGUGCCUUCACUUCAUCGGAAGUUCGACCAAGGCUGAUUAUCGAUCGAGCGGUCUCCUCCCCCCUUAAUCUCCGUAGCGCCCCCCCACGGGUCUCAUGUGCCAUACGUGUAUCCAGCCAUGGGUCGUCGCUCACACCGUUUGGGACUCAUCAUCUCCUCCGGCUUUUUGUGUCUCCCUCUCCCGGUCUCAGUUGACCAUAUUGGCUGUAACGUCCUGUCCGUUCAGUCCGGUUCCUCCAGUAUUACCGUACGGCAGACCGCGGUGUGACCUCAGGCCGAGGUGUUAUUCAAAACUCUGAGCCUAUCGCUUUAAAAAAAAAAAAAAACUGAGGGUCAGAUAUGUUUUUAAUUUGGUUCGAUUUCUUGCAAAGUGGUGAUUCUUCUAUAAGGAAACGGGUAGAGAUGAGCGAAUUUACAGUAAAUUCGAUUCGUCACGAACUUCUCGGCCC